GGCUACUCAGUGGUUUCUUGGUGACACUAGGCGGAACAGCUCGAGCCUGGCCACUUCUGGCUUCUCACCGCAGUCGCGCUUGGACUUGGGGGUUUUGCCGCUGCUAGAGGGACGCCUCGGACUUGCUGCUCUCAGAACUUGUCACAUCACCCUUUCAGCAGGGUCUGCGCAUCGUCGUCGGGAUGAAGUUGGUCUCUGUCGCCCUGAUGUUCCUAGGCUCACUGGCCUUCCUAGGCUCGGACGCCGCACGGCUCGACGUGGCGUCGGAGUUCCGAAAGAAGUGGAGUAAGUGGGCUCUAAGUCGUGGGAAGAGGGAGCUGCGGGACUCCAGCAGCUAUCCCAGCGCGCUCGCUUCAGUGAAGGCAGGGCCUGCCCAGACCCUCAUUCGGCCGCAGGACGUGAGAAGCGCCUCGCGCAGCCCGCAGGCCAGCAGUGCGGACGCCGCCCGCAUCCGAGUCAAGCGUUACCGCCAAAGCAUGAAAAAUUUCCAAGGCUCCCGCAGCUUCGGCUGCCGCUUCGGGACGUGCACGGUGCAGAACCUGGCGCACCAGAUCUACCAGUUCACCGACAAGGACAAGGACGACACGGCCCCCCGGAACAAGAUCAGCCCUCAAGGCUACGGCCGCCGGCGCCGGCGCUCCCUGCCCGAGGCCGGCCGGGAUCGGACUCUGGUGUCUUCCGAGCCACAGGCGCGCUGGGCUCCGAGCUCCCGGGAGCACCGAGUGCUCGCCACCCUCCUUAGGAUUUAGGCGCUCGUGGCAGCAGCGAGCGGUUGGGCGCGCAUCCCGCUGGCGCCUCCCGGGGCCGAGGGCUUCGCGAGCCGGAUGGGGACCGGACUGAGACAGCCCUGCACAGACCCCACGUCCGGGAGGCAGCGCCGGGCAGCCAGCCCUGUCUUUGCAGCAGCUCUUCCUCCUCCUUCCCCUCCUCCUCCUCCUCCGGGCAGCGCCGCCUUGGCCCUGAUCAGGCCUGGGCGCCCCAAGGGGGCAGAGGAAUCCGAGGGAGUGUUUGCCAGGUUCACAGAGAGGAGAAACUGAGAAUUACACGCUUGGACUCCAAGGGCAAGGGUCUGAGCCACUGCCUGGCCCGCCCCCAGACCGACUUCUCACGGGUGGCACCCCACGGGGCGCGAGCCUCCUAUUACUUGAACUUUACAAAACCUAGAGAGGAAAAGUGCAAUGCGCUAUGUAUAUACAGAGGUAAUUAUCAAUAUUUAAGUCUGUUGCUGUCGAGAUUUUUUUGUAACUUCAAAUAUAGAGAUAUUUUUGUACGUUAUAUAUUGUAUUAAGGGCAUUUUAAAGCAAUUGUAUUGUCCCCCUCCCCUUUAUUUUAAGGUGUGAAUGUCUCAGUGAGAUGCAAGACGGUUGUUGGAGUGUGUGUGUGUGUGUGAGAGAGAGAGAGAGAGAGAGAGAGAGAGACUGAUUACCUCUUGUGGAAGAAGGAAACACCAUGUCUCAGUAUAAUCUAUUUACAUAAAAUGGGUGAUAUGCAAACAGCAAACCAAUAAACUGUCUCGAUGCUGA